AUGCUGGCGGUGUGGUGCUUCAUGGUCUUUGCUGCAGCAGUGGGGGAGAGGCUUGCGGUCUCAGGUGUGGACAGGAGCCCUGCACCGGAUGGAGGCAUCUGGGACUGGUUUACCCCGGCAGGGCAGCCGGACAGCGGGGACACUGCCACCAAGGUCACCUAUCCAAAGCGGUUGGUGCAGCAGAUUGAGUCGGAAGAGGAAAUGGCUCAUGACCACUUGGAUACCAGGGUGAACAACAGCACUGGAGACACUUUGCCCGUCCAUUUGGCCCAGAGCUGUUUCCAAGUGGAAGCCUUUGGACACACCUUCACUCUGGACCUGGAGCUGAACCAUCACCUCCUGUCUUCGGAAUAUGUGGAACGGUACUUUAACCAGUAUGGCAGACCCUCACAGUCUGUGGGAGGGGAGCACUGCUACUACCAGGGACGGUUAAGAGGUUUGCCAGAGUCCUGGGCAGCUCUCUCCACCUGCCACGGCCUGUGCGGCAUGUUCUCUGACGGCUUCUUCUCUUACGGGAUCGAGCCUGUUCACAACGGGAGCAAACAGGAUGAUGGCGCUCACUUAAUCCGCAGAAUGCCUGAUAUCAGACUUUCCCCCCACUGCCCAGACUGUACAGAGGACGAUGAGUGGGAAAGCAGAGGAGGUGACGGUGAUGACGACACACCGGACCAAAUGAGUGAGCAGCAGGUGUCCGGUGGGCUGAGGCGAUCCAAGAGAUAUGUUCGUAAACCCUCCGUCCAGACUGAGACCAAAUAUAUUGAGUUGAUGGUGGUCAACGACAAUGAAAUGUUUGUACAGCUGCGUCGCUCCAACAGCCAAACCAAGAACUUUGCCAAAGCAGUGGUCAACAUGGCAGACGCGAUCUACAAGGAACAGUUGAACACGAGGAUCGUGCUGGUUGCUAUGGAGACCUGGACCUCUAAAAAUAUGAUGCCAGUAGUAGACGAUCCAUUGAUCACGCUGCAGAACUUCAUGAAAUACAGGAAGGAGAACAUCAAAGAUCAGAGUGACGUGGUCCAUCUUUUCUCAGGGCGUACAUUUCACAGCAGCCGCAGUGGGACGGCCUACACAGGAGGAGUGUGCUCUCUAACGAGGGGAGGAGGCAUCAACGAGUAUGGGAAUGUAGGAGCAAUGGCCAUCACUUUGUGCCAGAGUCUGGGCCAGAACAUCGGCAUGAGGUGGAACAACGUGCGCACUUCUGCAGGAGACUGCAGGUGCCCAGAUGCCUGGCUCGGCUGCAUCAUGGAAGACACGGGAUACUAUCUGCCCAGAAAGUUUUCUCGCUGCAGUGUUGAUGAGUACAUCCAGUUCCUGCUCCAGGGGGGCGGGAGCUGCCUCUUCAACAAGCCAAAUAAGCUGUUGGACCCUCCAGAGUGUGGGAAUGGCUUUGUGGAGCCAGGGGAAGAGUGUGAUUGUGGAUCCCAAGUGGAGUGCGCCCGUAGUGGAGGAGCCUGCUGUAAAAAGUGCACACUUACCCACGAUGCCAUGUGCAGUAACGGACUCUGCUGCAGUAGCUGCAAGUAUGAGCGGAGAGGUGUGGCAUGUCGAGAGGCUGUGAACGACUGUGAUAUUCCAGAGACCUGCACCGGAGACUCCAGCCAGUGUCCUCAUAACGUGCACAAGCUUGAUGGCUACAUGUGUGAUACCAAUCAGGGUCGUUGUUACGGUGGACGAUGCAGGACUCGGGAUGGGCAGUGUCGAGGGCUCUGGGGUUAUAAUUCAGCAGACAGGUUUUGUUAUGAGAAGCUGAAUGCUGAGGGGACCGAGAAAGGCAACUGUGGUCCGGGUCCUUUAGGCCAAGGAUGGCUGCAGUGCAACAAGCCGGAUGUCUUAUGUGGCUUCCUGUUCUGUGCCAAUGUGACGAUGAAGCCAAAGUUUGGAGACCUGCAGGGUGAGGUGACCAGCUUCACCCUCUACCACCAGAACAAAUACCUGGACUGCAGAGGCGGCCAUGCUCUGCUGGAGGACGGGUCAGACCUAGGCUAUGUGGAGGAGGGCACUCCUUGUGGUCCCAACAUGAUGUGUUUGGAGCGACGCUGCCUCCCUGUGGCGACGUUCAAUCUCAGCACCUGUUCAGGAUCCAACUACGGGCGCAUUUGUACUGACCACGGGACCUGCAGUAAUGAGGUGAAGUGUAUCUGUGACAGGGACUACACGGGGAAGGACUGCAGUGUCUUUGAUCCCAUCCCCGAGCCAACAGUCCCGACUGGCCCGGAGAAGAAAGAUCUGGCGGAGGAUAAGAUGUCUGUCCUGUCUUUCUGUCUCUCUGUCCUGUCUACUCCUGCAUUCCUCCACCGUUUCCACACCAGAGAAGAGGGGAAACAAAAAAAAGUCUUCCACUCCUGCCCCCAAAGUAUCUCCAAACCUCUUCCGAUCAUGGUUUCCUCCCCGUGCCCGUCUGCUCCUAUCGUCUGUCCUCCUGUCUGGCUCCAUCCUCCUCCGGGCUCUCCCCAUACCAGCCGUGGUCCACUGGUGUGGACUGUGUCCGGGACACGCCGAGGGCCAACAGCUGGCUCUCCCUGUGGGAGACACUAG